GUCCAAAUAAAUUGAUUAUGAAGAGUCGAUAAUUGGAACGCAACCGUAGAAUAUUUAUUUUAACUGGCAACAUUUCAAUCUGUCAGUUCAAGUAUAGCUUAGUCCAUGCAGUGUAUGCAAGCGCUCCGUUAUUUAAAAUACAAAUCUCGCCUAUUAGUAAUUGUUUUACUUUAAUGUCAAAGAUGGUUGCGACUUUUCUGUGACUUCUAUGGUACGCAAAUCAAGAUGCCUAGAACAAAUAGAAAUAGACAUCUGACUGCUGAAGUAAAAAAGAUAAGACGUCGUGUACAAAAAAAAUUAAGUAUGCGCCGAGCGCGGGCAAAAUUAACUGAAGCUGCUGUUGAAGAGAUACGCAAAAAAGAUAGGGAAAGGUACCAUAUGAAAAAGGACAGAGGAGAAAUCAAAACUAUCGAUGAUUAUACACCCAGAAAACAGCGAGAAAUAAGAAAAAUGUGGCGUGAAAAAUCAAAGAAACGACGACAAUUACUAAAGAUGCGAAAAGCUACCAGCGCUCUCAUACAAGAAAAUACUCCACCACCAAGUCCAUCUUCAUCAUUCUCCCGAAUUGAAGUCGGACGUGCAGUAGCUGCUCGGAACAAAAGAGAAAAAAAAAUUGAAAAUGAGACUCUAAAGAAAAAGGUAUUACAUAUGGCAAAACAAAUAAAAAAAUAUAGAAUGCGAAUACGGAGGCUAGAAGAAAGAAAGCAGAAAGCGUCGAAUGUGGCUAGUCCUAAAAAUAAAGCCUUGAGAACAAACGUCAGAAAAGCUGUGUAUGAUUAUUUAAUACAAGAUGAAUACAGUAGAUUAACAUCAGGGAAAAAUGAGACAAUAACCCGGAAGAAAAGCAAGCGGCAAAUUCGUUUACUGAAUGACACACUCUUAAACUUACAUGUGAUAUUCCAAAGCAAAACAGGGAUUAAGAUUUCAUACCAGACUUUUCGUAGAUAUCGUCCUUUUUGGGUAUUGUUUCCGAAAACAUCAGCAAGAAACACGUGUCUUUGUACUUUGCAUGAAAAUAAUGAUCAAAUCAUUCGAUCACUUCAAAAGGCGAAAGUUGUCUCUUACCGAUCUGCUUCUGAUGCUGUUAAGGUACUGUGCUGUAAUAAUACACUGAAUCCUAAAUGUUUAGAGAGAGAGUGUCAGAGCUGCCGAAAUAAGAAACUUGUGAUUAAUAAUUUUAAUGAAAACGAUUACAUUACUUAUGAUAGAUGGGUCACUAAAAAUGUAGAUGUUAUUGUCAAAGGCGAACACAAAAAAUACAAGAAAUGUUUGAAAGAAACUGUUAAAACUAUGAAAGGCUCUCUAGUGAAGUUAUUACAUUCUAAUUUACCGUUAUUCAUGCAACAUGUAGCAAAUAUGAUUCAUCAAAUAAGAUCAAUCCAAACAGUUAAACAACAAUUAAGUUCUGCUGAAGGCUUAUUGCAUAUAGAUUUCUCAGAAAAUUAUCAUUGUAAAUACAGCGCUGAGGUUCAGUCCGCUCAUUUUGGUGGCUCUAAGCCUCAAUUGUCUCUUCAUACUUGCGUUUACUAUAGCAAUGCUGAAUCACCUAAUAAUGGUUUUCAAACUACGUCUAUGUGCUCUAUCUCAGAAAAUUUGCGUCAUGAUCCUGUGAUGAUCUGUGCUCACCUUAAACCAAUCUUACAGAGAAUCAAAGAAAUUAGUCCGAACUUAACAGAAUUACACAUAUUAAGUGACGGUCCAACAACGCAGUACCGAAACAAAUCUAUGUUCUUUUUAAUUGUAAACUUCAUAAGCCAAGAUUUAAAUGAUGUCAACAAUAUUAUAUGGCACUACAGUGAGAAAGGUCAUGGCAAAGGUGCCCCUGACGGAGUGGGUGGUUGCAUCAAAAGGCUAUGUGACAAUUCAGUCGCAAUGGGUAAAGACGUCCCUGAUUAUGGUUCUCUUAUGUUAUGUUUAAAAGAAAAUUGUAAAGGUAUAGAGAUUUACGGAAUAGGAGAUCCAAAUGUGCAAGAUAUUCAAGAAAUGGUCGCCAAAAAUAAAAUGAAUGCUUAUAAAGGGACAUUUAAGAUUCACCAACUUUCUUGGAAUCGAAGCGAACCAAAUAUUUUACAUGUAAGGAGGCUUAGUUGUCUGUCUUGUGCUACAAAUGCAGUUUGUCCACAUUUUGAAAUGGGUCAGAUAAAGGUUCCAGUCGCUGAUACGCGAUCACAUAGUCCCGUGAGUUUAGCUGACGCAAGAAAUAUAUCUCCGAGAAGUGUAGACACAGCCAAUGCUUCUACAGUUACUUAUAGAUCAAAUCUGGUUACACCUGAAGAAGAAACAGUUUCUCAGGAUCCCCCUCACAUCUCACGUCCCUAUAAGAGAUCGAGGUUCCUAUCAGACUCUGAUGAUUCAGAUGUAAUUUUUCCUCUACAACGUAUUCAUCCAUUACGCACAGACGGCAGCGAUGAAGACGACUUGAUUAUACAACCUCAGCAGGCUAAAAGACUAGUUUUCAAUCCCUUCUCUGACAGCGAAGAUGACGAACCUAUAUUCUAGCGUAGUUCUAGGAUACUAUAAGCGAUGACGUUUGUAACACGCUAUAGUUUCGUCAUCUUUUGUUUUAUGAUCUAUUUUCUCACUUUAUUUGUAGAGCUCAGCUAUAGUUGAUUGAUAGUAAUAUUUAAUUAAGAGUCGACCGAAAAGAAAUCUCUUCUGUGGACAUAAAAUAAUAUUUUUUUUUUUAAACUAGAGUUUAUUUUUUUAUCUCAUUUUAAAUUGAAGUAGUAUAAUACAACCAGAUUAUAAUGAUUCUAAGAAAAAUAUCAUUUUUAGUUUAGUUAUACGUAGCCAAAAUACACAUUUUAUCUUUUCUGUUGAUUUUGUUGUCUAUUCUGUGGAUAGUUAAUAAUUAAAAUAUCUAGUUAUUAGUACAAAUUAAGGCUUCGAUCUCUGAUAAUAUUUUUCCCAUGAUUAUUUUAUCUUUUUUCUUAAUAAAUGCUGAUUAAAACAAAAAAAAAACUACUUUUUAUUUUU